ACAAAGUCCAACGGUCAGCGCAUGACGUAAUGCGAGGGAACAUCGGAUUUGACCAAUCAGAGCGAAGGCCGGGUAGUUUGAUUCCAAGAUGGCGUCGGUUGGAAGGAACCGUCGGAAAGAUUCGGGGAUUUUAACCAAAAAGAUUACCCAUGAGAAAGACAAGCCAAGGGGAAGGAUGGCAUCAAGUUCAACCAUCAUGGAAACUGAUGGAGCUACAGAUGAGGAGCAAGAGAAGGAAGUGGGCAGGGUCACUCGGGGAAGACUCAACAAGUCCACCAACAAGAUGGCGGAACUGAAAAAUAAGAUGAAGAAGAAGAUCCAAGAGAAGAAAAUGGAGAUCUCAGACCCUAGGUCCAGGAUUUACAGUGGAAAUUCAUCCUUUGUCAGGAAGAAGCUAUCCUCAUUGAAAACCAACAACAGGGAAUUGGCGAGCACUCUGGCUGCCAGCAGACAGGGUGUGAGGAAACUCCAGAACCAGAACCUGGGACUACAGCAGGAAAAUCACGCCCUUGCUCAGCGAGUCAUCUCACUACAGGGGAAGUUGCAUGAUCUGCAGGCAGCUCUCAAGCACAGAAAGGACAACGAACAGCACUACAAGAAGAAGAUGUCCGACAUCCAGGGAGUUCUACAGAAGGUCAGCACCAGCCUGCUGGGGACAGUGGAGCACGUGGGGUCCGCCAUGGAGGUGUGUCACCCCGUGCUGCGCGACAGUGGCUGGAGAAUCUCCUCCCUCUCCGCUCACGUGUCAGCCUCGGACGACUCCGAUGGGUCCUUUCCUCCCCAGCCGAGACCCAGCGUUCUUGGAGCAGGGCCAGUGCGUGUUCCCCACCCCUCUGGGAAAAGACCAAGUCUGGCACCCCCUGGACGUAGACUCUCCAGAAGUUCUUCUGUGUCGGUUCCCCCUCCUCAAAACAAAGCCCAGGAGCCCUCGGUAGGGCCACCCGCCCCGAGAGACAGCCUCGCUGCCCUGGAGAGUGCCCCCAUCCUCUUCACGGAGGAGGCUGCAGAAACAGACAAACAAAGUCCUGCAGAGAUUGUUGCACCUGACAACCCAGCUCGCCACACCAACGUCCCCAGUCAACCAGAGGAUUCUUCAAGUCAAGGUUCAACAAAACAAGGUACGUUCAAACAAUCGCAAACUACUAUUUUCACAUUCUAGAUCUAAAUUAGAUCC